AUGGAGGUCGUUAGCGAUACGGCGUCGUUGGAUGUCGAUUUGUUGCAGCUCCCUGAGGUGUCCGCUUUGGCACUCAAAUCAAACCUGAGCUUCGUCGAGACGCUCUUUGAGCAAUGGCUUUCGCUUCCUGAAAGCAAUCGAUUGGUAACAUCAUUGCUAAAUGAAGCAAAGUCAAGUGCUCCCUUGAAUGUCCCAGGGAAUUGCUCUAGUCCAAAUGCUUCAAGCAAUUCUUUGCCCUCCAUGUUUCCUGCUGGCACUGCACCACCUCUUUCACCAAGAAGUUCAUCUGGCUCCCCUCGCAUAGUGAAACAGAGAGUCGGCCCUUCUAAUUUGGGUUCUCCGUUGAAGGUUGUCAGUGAGCCAGUUAAAGAAUUGAUACCUCAGAUUGAUAAUGGAACUGAAGUUGUGACAAGGAAAGCAUUUAUUGAUUAUUGGAUCAAUGGCAACAUGUUGACAAAAGAUAUAGCUACCCAGAUAUAUACAAUUUUAAAACAACCACAGCUCAAGUACCUUACCCAGGAUGAUUUUAAACCUGUGCUACGUGAGCUUUUGGCAACUCAUCCAGGGUUGGAGUUCUUGCAGAGCACACCUGAGUUUCAAGAGAGAUAUGCUGAAACUGUCAUAUACAGAAUAUAUUACUACAUUAAUAGAUCAGGAAAUGGUCAUCUUACCCUGAGGGAGCUGAAGCGUGGAAACAUAAUUGAUGCAAUGCAGCAUGCUGAUGAAGAAGAGGACAUAAACAAGGUUUUGAGGUACUUUUCUUAUGAGCAUUUUUACGUUAUAUACUGCAAGUUUUGGGAGCUGGAUACAGAUCAUGAUUUCUUGAUAGACAAGGAGAAUCUUAUCAGAUAUGGUAACCAUGCGCUUACCUAUCGAAUUGUUGAUAGAAUAUUUUCCCAGGUUCCCAGAAGGUUUACCAGUAAGGUUGAGGGAAAGAUGGGUUAUGAAGAUUUUGUUUACUUCAUACUGUCAGAAGAGGACAAAUCAUCUGAGCCGAGUCUUGAGUAUUGGUUUAAGUGCGUUGAUUUGGAUGGAAAUGGAGUUCUGACUCGGAAUGAACUGCAAUUUUUUUAUGAGGAGCAAUUACAUCGAAUGGAGUGCAUGGCCCAAGAACCUGUGCUUUUUGAGGAUAUACUGUGCCAGAUCAUUGACAUGGUUGGACCUGAGGAUGAGAGCUAUAUAACCCUCCGUGACCUGAAAGGUGGUAAACUCUCAGGAAGUGUUUUCAAUAUCCUGUUCAAUCUGAAUAAGUUCAUGGCCUUUGAGACUCGUGACCCAUUUUUGAUUCGUCAGGAACGUGAGAAUCCGACAUUGACAGAGUGGGAUCGCUUUGCUCAUAGAGAAUAUAUUAGGCUUUCAAUGGAAGAAGACGUAGAGGAUGCCUCCAACGGCAGUGCAGAAGUUUGGGAUGAAUCACUAGAGGCUCCCUUCUGA